UGCCCGUUUACAUUAAGCAAAGACAAAAAAAUGAGUGAAUAUAAAUGUGUUGAGCGCGCAGCUUGUAAAGCGGCUGCGCGCAUCCCCUCCAGCGAUAAGCCAAGCAAACCAUUCUGUUCGCUGGCCUAUCUGGCCAAGUCCACUGUCGCCAUAAAUAACAGCAGCGAUGUUAGAAUUGUAAAAGGCCCCAGCCACAAAAGCUUUGUCGCCUCACCGAACUCACCGAAUGUGGCGGCCACAGCGAAAGUGAAUGAGCGUGGCUCGCCUGGGUUGCCGACUGGCGCUGCGACAGCAGUAAACGGCCAUGAAGACAACAAUGGGCAGCUUAAAGAAGCGACGUUGUCAAGUGCAGCCAGCGGACAGGCCAAGGACAACGUGCAAGUGGAGCUGAAUAAGAACGAAGAACACGUACGCAGUGUAACCGAUGUUUUUGGUGUAAUCAACGAAGAGGACAGCAAGCCCGCCACUGAUCAGGUAGAUGGCGUCGAUGUGCGACGUCCGUGGGAGCUUUGCGCCCAUAACGGCUAUGUGCGACGCAUUCCCCCUGCGCUAAUGACACCCGCGAAUACACAAAACGGCUUUCAGCACGGCUCGAAUGGCUUGCCAUCACUGGCGAAAUCGAGUAGCUUGGACUGCUGGGACUAUACCAUCGAACUGGAAUGCCUUAGCGGGCCAGAAGACUUACAACUGGCCGCAGAGCUGGGCAAGACGCUGCUGGAACGCAACAAGGAGCUAGAGACGCUGGUCAAGGAGCUGAAGAGCACAGUUGACGAGCAGCAACAAGAAAUUGUGUACUUGAAGAAACACACAAAUGCAUUGCGCGAGGUCAACGAUACGCGCCUCAAGGUGUACGAGCAAUUGGACAUUGGUAUCCAGGAUUUAGAACGCGCAAAUCAACGUCUAACUGCUGAGAAUACCAGUGACAAGAAGCACAUAAAAACACUCGUGCAAAGCAUCGAAACACUUGAAGCGCGUCAAGAUGAGCUCAAUAAGCAAGUCGAGGAAUUGCGCCAAGCCCUCUCCGUAGAGCGCCGAAAAAACGAGCGUCUCAGCAGCGCUAAUGAAAAACGCCUAGCAGCCGGUGCGGACAGCGAGACGCAUCGGAAUAAUGGAGCACGAGAUAGGAGCGCUGCCGAACAGUCGACAAACAAUGACUGUGAGAGUAGCGGCGAAGUGGGUUACGAAUCCAUUACAACUGCACCCGAGAACUGCAGUUUUGCCUUUCGAUCGACGGGCCCCAUGGAUAGCAAAGUCAACUCGACCAGUAUUGGCACCAGCCAGAGCCAGAACACGUCGAUGGCGUUGAGCGACUUAGUGUGCAGUAGCGAAGACAGUGAAGAGAUAAUAAAGCUUGUAAAUGACUUGGAAAUGACGAAAAAAGCGUUCUUAGCUGAACAGCAACGCUGCACUGAGUUGGAGGAGCAAUUAGUGGCCAUAAUUCAGGAGAACCAGACGUUGCAGAACCGCUUGGCGAACAAUAGUCCAAACGAGGAAAUGCGCUCCAUGCAGGAAGAGCUGUCCAUUUUGGACGAAGUGAGGCAAGGAAAAAUGUGCAGCCGUUGCUUACGCGUGGUCGAGGAGCGCGGCACUAUCGGCGACGAGCAGUCAUCGCUGGCCCCUACGGAGGAGUACCAAGAUGAGGAGCACAAUCUUCUUGAUAACGCCAGCGAAUGCUCCCAAGCGGGCUAUCGCGCGGGUGUAUCGAUUAAGGUUUCCUCACGUAUUCCGGACUCUUUGGAUCUGAGCGUUCCUGGGAGCCCGAAUCCGUAUCGCGAGCUGGUGGAAAAAUAUGAAGCUCUGCUCGAGGUGCAAUGCUCCGCGAUCGCGCGUAAGAACAUCACGGCAGGUGGAGCUGACAUUGGCUCCGGUGGCGGCAGCGGCAGUGGGGGUGACGCUAUGUCAUUAGCCGAUGAGUUCCAGUCAUCUGGUGAGUUUAGUCAGUCACAAAAAUCUCAUACACUAUCGUCGAUGGCCGACGAGCCAACGGCAGAUGUGUGUGGGCAAAUAACGAGUGCAAAUAUGCCAGAUGGCGGGAACUCAAAUGUGCAACUGCCCAGUAAUGAUGCAACCACUAAAGUUGCCAGCAGCACGAAGAAUCUGCGUGGGCGAACACCCACUGAAUACUCAGAGACGGAAACAUCUUCCUCUGGUUAUGCCGAUGAGACUAGCAAUAAGUUCACGCAAACGGAGAACAGACCUGGAUCGUUUCUAUGUACUAUCGACGAUGGUGAGGUUUGCAAGUUCAGCAUUUAUGAUGACGCAAGCCCCAUUGAAUCGCAUUUCCGCAACAGACCUGAGUACAAGGAACUAUUCAAAGAGAUUUUCGCUGUGCUAAAGAAGGCGGCUACCAAUAAGGAGGAGGGCGAGAAAUUGCCGCUACUCGAUGAUACAGAGCCCAUUGCUGCUAGUGCUUGUAUUGCCGCCAAGGUGCCACCAGUGACGCCUGCAAAUGAAGAGCUGCCUAUCGACUUCGCAGAUGAUGCACAGAGUGUUAUUUCGUCAGCAGUAUCCGAACAAUCGUUCGCCAUGUCCGAGUGUAUAACGAAGCUAGAACGAAAAACCGCGAAGAAACAUAUAAUUGAAAAGAACCAAGAGAAUCAACCACCCGUGCAUGCGGGCACAUCUAUCACUACAUUGGUUCUUUCCGGUAAGUCGCCAAUCGUUGAAAAUGGCCGUGUCCUGACGCCCUUGAAACGCGAGCCACUUGAAUACCUUUCGGUUGGAGUGGGUAUAAAGAAGAAGAACCGCCGCAAGAAUCGCAACUUCAGUAAUGAUCGUUGCGAGUCUCCAGCCACAUUGCCAUCGCCACCACGCUUCUUCAUCGCGAGUGGAAAGAAACGACGCGAUGUGCGUCCGUAUGUUCAAUCGCCGCUGGCAAACACCACUGCUGAACAUCCACGCUCCUCGCGCGCCAGCGGUGGUGCACGAUACGAAUGGAACGGCAGCUCGAUGGUCAUUUACAAUCGCAGCCUGAAUUCGCCUGCCACGCCGUCCACAUCGCGUAGUCGUGAAUUGGAUGCAAAUGGUCUUGAGUACCGACCAAGCUUUCUAUCGAUGGAGCUCAACCAGUUGAAAAAUUUAGAGAUGUCCUAUGCCGAAGUGCUGCGCAGCGCAGGUAGCUGCAAGCACGGGCAUUGCCAGACAGCAUCGCAUCACCACUAUCACUAUCCCUAUACGCAGCAACCCCUCAAUCAUCAACUGCCCCAACCCAAUCAAAAGUUGCCCCGACCGCAGCAGCUAGACCAUCAGGCACAGCAGUCUCCUCCGUAUAUCAAGCAACAAAAGCCACCCAAAAACCGCAAAAAUUAAGCAAUAGCCCUACAUUCAAAUAUCUUGUAUUUACUAUAGUGACCCAUUGGAACCCAUUUAACUUAAACCAUAGAGAUGUAAGAACACACAUACAAUUAUUCCCAAUCGGACCCAUUUAACGGGUAGAGACUGUAGAGACAUAAGAACAUACAUACAUAUGUAUAAGCGUACUGAUUCUAAUACUGCUAGAGUUUAAGAGCUGCGAAAAGCAAACCUUUUGCCCCACUCCACUAGCUAGGAAACAUACUCUCUUCCAACAAAAUAUAGAAAAAAUAGGCAAAAACAAAAAACAGUUAUCUCAAACAAAUGCAAUAAAUGUAAUCCAUUGAACAUAAACCCAACACUAAUACAACUCAAGUGACAAAUUUUAAAUCCUGAAGUGCUUAUCACAAAGGAUAACCAAGAAAGAAAAGUUAUGCGUUCCUAGCUAGUUCAAGGAUGUGGAAGAGCAAUAGUAAAUAGUUCCGGAAAAUCGUUAACAAAAGUUGUGCGGUUUUGAAUACCUUUUUCUAUGUAGUAGUGUUAAUUUUUAGUUUUAAGUUAGGCUUAGUCCGCAAAAUGUUUUUAGCUUAUUGAAAAUGUUUUGCUCCUCGUCUUAGCUUUAAUUACUCCGUAGGCUUAGAUAAACAAAGAAUAAUGUUCGAGUCUCCUCGUGAAACCAUAUUUGUACAAUUCAUCAAAGGUAUUUGCAGUGCGCAACGUGAUUUGAAGUGGGCGGAGAUAGUGGUAGUGAUUUGCGUAAAGUCCACACCCGCCACUCCUUAAUAUAAGUUAAUUUAGGUCCCGUUUGUUUAAAUUUGUAUUUGUCGUAAAUCAUCACCCAAAGGCCGUUUCCUGUAAAUAUUGCACCUUUAAAUUAUGAAUAAUUUCACUGACUAAAAAGAAAAAGGACUGAAUGUUUUCCGAUUUCCGCGACGUUAAUAUAUGUACAAGUAUUUUUUGUAAAUCAUCACCGAACGGCCUUUUCUGUAAAUAGUGCACAUCUAAAUUUAAUGUCUUCUUACUCUCUCAAAAAGGUAAACUCAUUUCGCCUUUCGAAUUUAUUGCCAUAAAAUAUGUGUCUCGUUAAGUGUCUAUUUCACCAUCUCUUUGUCUGUAAAUAGUGCACUUUUGAAUUAAAAGUAGGUUUAACGGAAGUAUUUUUGUACUCAAAGAUAAUUUUAAUGAAAGAAGAAAGUAUUUUUGUAAAGCAUCAGCUAUUUUUGUAAAUAGUGCACAUUUCAAUUAAAAGUAAUUCUACCCCCUCAAAAACUCAAAAUAUCCUUUUUGUCUCCAUAACUUUAAUGUAUAAAAUCUAUGUUUCUCUAAGUGUCUUUCUCAACGUCUCUUUGUCUUUUUCAACGUCUCUUUGCCUUUUUCAACGUCUCUUUGUCUUUUCCAACAUCUCUUUGUCUGUGAAUUGUGCACGUUUAAAUUAAAAAUAGGUUUAAUCAAAUACGAAAUAUGCAAGUAUUUCGUAAAGCAUCACCCCCAUUGUCAAUUAUCAAGCGACCUAAAUAAUUAAACUCGGACUGAAACGUUUUCCGCCUUCCAAGAACUCAAAGUUUCCAAGAAUUUUUCGUAAAGCAUCACCCAAUCACGCAUCACGCAUCACGCAAUCACCCAUCUUUGUAUGAAAGUAUUUUUCUUGUACUGUCAUAAAUGUCAAAAAGGAAUAAUCAAGUGUUAUCUAGAAUUUAAGUUUGUAAAAAUAAGAUAAGAAGGUCCAAAUGGCCCAGUGAAUAAAUGAGUGCAGUGGUUGUGAAUCUAACACACCAACUGUCACUUUCUAAUUUUAA